GUAAUUCACACAAGAGAGACAAUUAUUGCAAUUAAUCAUGGCGGAUAGUCUUCUCGACAACUACAACCCGCUCUAUGACAUCCAUCUCCGGCAGUACUUUGCGCUGCCGCACAUGCAAAAACAUCUGCAGAAAAUGGGAUUGCUGGAGUCAACGCUCAACUUGAAUGGCGAAGAAGUGUACGCGCGUCACCACGCCAUGAUGGACAUGAUGCUCAAGAACAGAGAAGCACAGCUCAUGAAAAUGGCCGAGUUGCGCAAGAAGCUUGACGCGGCGGAGAAAGUCGAGUGCUGCCGUCGUAUUCGUACAGGUCAGAGUCCGGAAUCCUACAGACAGGGAAAGCCGAGCCGCAGUUUGAGCAGAAAUCGCGCAGGGCAGAGCGGGGGCGGAGGACGGCAACGUCGGUAUUCCAACAGUUUUGAGGAUCGCGAUUUUGUUCAACGCAUCGAAGAUCGGAAUACGGACCCCGUGGAACAGAACACCAAGGAUCCGUACAAAAGAUUGUCGGCUAAUGCGAAGAGGUUCAAUUAUUUGCACAAGCUCGACGACAACACCCUGAUUGCCUACAAAGACAAUCUGAAAAAGCAGCUGCAGCGCCUCGAGCGCUUCCGUGAGAUCUCAUUCGGUCCACACUCUGUCGCCCGGCAGCCACCGCCACAGCAAGCAUCGUGGUUCUUCCGGCGAAGAAGUGUGCUCAAUAUGCGGGGACGUAAAGCAACUACCGGUAACAAGCUGAACGCGAGUCAUGAUAGUCGGACGAGUUGCCCACCAACUACUCGGAAGAGGAAGGAUUCCAACGGCCGACUUCCACCUAUCAACCCACAUAAAAAUCGGGUACCCACAAAACCACCAGCACCGGUCUCUCUUCAACAAAUCACAACUCGACUUCCACCGGCGGCUAAAAAACCAGCACCCUCCCGUGGACGUCCAUCGAACAAACGCCAAACAACUACGACUACUACGACUACAAUCACAUCGGUGUCAAAAUCGCCGCAGAUAUCAGAUACAAAUACACUUCCAACACUGCCUUCGGUGACAGGUCGUGGAAUCUUCACCGGUGCAGCGGCCGCCGCUACCGCCGCAGCCAUCGGAACUGCAGCGAUCAAUAUGGAUACUUUGAUUGACAAGGAGCCAGAGCCAUCUCCACCCCGCACCCCUGUCCUGGAGACCCAGAAAACCUUCGAUCGGACUUCUCCAACCGAUGGUGUCCAAGUCCCUGAUGAAGUACCACCUGAGAUCCUUGACAAGCUGGCCGACGAGUCUGAGGAUGUGGAGGAGAAGCUCGCGGAGCAAGAGGAACAAGAGUUCAUUCCGCGCCAAAUUGUGCUGGAUAAUGCAGAUCCUUCUCACGGAGAUUAUGAAGAUAGUGAUUCGGAGCCAGAGUAUGCUGAAGAGGAUCGAGAGCCUCUUGCAGUUCAAGUCCAGUUAGAGCAUCAAGUUGAUGUCUCUCCACCAACCUCAAAUGUUACUCAAGAUAGUCCAAAAGAAAUGAGCUACCAACAUAGUGAGCCAUCACCAGCACUUCCAAGCCCAGAUGCUUCGGUUCCCUCCGAGCACGAAAGAUUCGCGAGAUCACCACCGACACUGGUCUUUACUGAACAAUCUACAGAGGAUGCACCAGAGAGCCCAAACGAAGUUGUGCAUCACGUGCAGACUGAAGCUCAGCAAAGCCCGGUUAUCGAUGUUCAUAGUACUCAUGUUGUUGAGCACUUUGACACACACGACGAAUCUCCACAAAGUCCUGUUCUAUCAGUUCACGGAGGAGAGGAAGGCUACGAAGAUCAUCACGAUGAAGCUCCGGUACUCUCGGUUCAUACCGAUCACAAAGCCCAUUCCGAAGAUGUUCCACAGAGCCCAGUCCAAUCAGUUCACAGCUCACAUGCUUCUGAGCAUAUCGAUGAAGCUCCACAGAGCCCAGUGCCAUCUGUUCAUAGCUCACAUGCUUCUGAACACAUUGAGCAAGAGGCUUUGCCUAGCCCAGUAGCAUCGGAGAGAGACGUACCUUCGGCAGAAUCACCACUAGUUCAGAGCGAGAAUUUCGAGCAUCAUGCGGAAGUUCACAGCUUUCAUGCUUCUGAGCAUAUUGAUGAAGCUCUACCAAGCCCAGUUCAAUCAGUUCAUAGCUCACAUGAUCACCAUGACCGAUCAAGCCCUGUAGCUUCUGAGCCUGCUGCAAGAUCUCCUUCAGUACAAAGCUCUCGCACAUCAGAGCAUUUCGAGCAUCGCGGAGAAGUUCCACAGAGCCCCAGUUCCAAUCAGUUCCAUAGCUCUGAGCACAUAGAAGAAGCUCGGCAAAGCCCUGUAACAAACCAAGAAUCAGUUCAUAGCCCACAUGCGUCGGAGCACUUCGAGCAUCGCGAAGUAGUUCCACACAGUCCGGCUGCUAGCCAGGAAGAAUUUGGCCGUUCUCCAUCAGUGCACAGUCCACAUGUUUCUGAACACUUUGAGCAUCACGAAGAAGCUCAACAUAGCCCAGUAGCUAGCCAAGAAGAAGCUGCACGAUCCCCAUCAGUUCACAGCUCACACGCGUCGGAGCACUUCGAGCAUCACGAAGAAGCUCAAGAUAGUCCAGUAGCUAGCCAAGAAAAAGCUGCACGAUCUCCUUCAGUUCACAGUUCACAUGCGUCUGAAGACUCUGAGCAUCGCCAGGAAAUCCAACAUAGUCCAGCAGCUAGCCAGAACGAGGCUGCACGAUCUCCUUCAGUUCACAGUUCACAUGCGUCGGAGCACAUCGAGAAUCACGGAGAAUCUUUGCAAAGCCCUGUGGCUUCUAUGGCCGGAUCGGAGCAUCACAAUAUGGCAGAAAGUUCCGAAUACACAACUUCCGAAAAAGAAAUUUCACCAUCGAUCUUUAGCUCUCACACAUCGGAACAGUUUGAGCAACAGUCGCAAAACAGUCCGGUAGCUUCAGAGAGAGAUAAUCGCUCGCCAACGUUUGAAUCUUCCGUGACCAUGCAAGCUGCGGCUCCACUCAGUCCAGCAGCUUCCGAUCACGCCGAGCAGGCCCGUGAGAGCCCAUCAUUUGAGCGUGCUCCAUCCCUUCACUCUCAACUGUCGGGGAACUUGGAGCAUGAUGAUGAAAACUCAGCUGUAGUCGAGGCAGGUCAGGAACCAGCUACCCAAAGCCCAAUCCCUCUUGAGCAGGAAGGAAGGUUUGAGAGAGCGGCAUCGGUGAACAGCUAUCAAGCUUCCGAGAGUUUUGAGAAUCAGGAAGCUACAGUCGUCGAGCAUCAUGCUGGAGCUUUGCAAAGCCCGGUGGCUUCUGAAAAAGAAGUUUCUGAAGCUAUUUCUCAGCCAGCCGCAGAGCCAGCCGCCCCGAGUCCAAUUAGUUCCGAGGUUGAAGCUCACUCCGAGCACCAUCACACACAAGAAGAAAUUCCAAUUGUCCAAACUUCUGAGCACAUUGAUUUAACAGAUGUCCCAAGAAGCCCAGCUUUUUCAAUGAAUGACUCCCACCACGAAGAUCAGCUGAGCCAUGAAGCCGCCCCACACAGCCCAGUUGCAUUUACUGAACCUCGCGUACCAUCAGUUCAUACAAGUGACACAGAAGAAGAAAGCUUUGAAGUUCAACACCAUGCAGGUCUGACUCAAGAAUAUGCAGCACGGAAAAGUCCAACAGAGAUGGAUCUGUACAACCCAUCACGUGACAACCAAGAAAGCCCGGUCAUGUCUGAAACCGAGGCGAUUCCUAUUGUAGAUCGUAUUGAUCUUGAAGCGUAUCACAACUCUCCAACAAAGGAAUCCACAAGCCCAGUCACAGUUAACCCAGUUGAAGUGCGAGUUUCUGCAGAUGAAGUUGCGGAGCAUCUUGCAUCUCCUCAUCAGAAUUUUGAAGAUGAGCCAUCGCAUCUGGUUGAUGAAUCCGAAGUGCCCAACAACUUUGAAACAGUCCCAGAGCAAGAGGCAUAUGCUCCAAGCCAAGACGCUAUGAUGACCUCAAUCUACCAACCGGGCUCAGAUACGGAGACCAGGGAGUGGGAUGAGGGAGAGCAUCACGUGAAGGAAUCGACAACUCACUCCGAGCACACCGAUGGUAAUACUCACACGUCGGUCCAAGAAACCAUCACUACUAUCACUGACAAUGGCCAUGACGCUGACAAUAUCUCCACUGACUCAUUGGUCAUUCAUGAACCCGCCGCUGACAAUCAAAUGACUCAAUCCAUCUAUCAACCACAUAGUGACAAUGAUGAUGAUGAUGACAAGGUUACGGAGAAGGAGUGGGAUGAGGGCAACAAGCAUGUUCACGAAAUCACCGAAGAGCACACUGAUGAGUCGGGAAAACACUUUACGGAGACUGUCACCACCACUACCACUACGGUUAUCAAAUCAGGAGAUGAUAUGAAGAACAACAAUGACGAGGAAGAUGGAAGUGAUGAGGAGCGGGAUAAAAUAAUUGAAGAAGAGGGAGAACACGGCUCGAACGGCAACCUGGUCCGUGAAACCAUCACCACCACAACCCACACCGUAACCUCCGGAGGUCUUCCAGAGGGCGGAAUCCUUGUGGACGAUGGGGAUGAGACGAACAUCUCCUCCCUCUAAUUUUGUUUCAUAUGUAUUGAUUUUUUAUUUCAUGUUUCCUUUUGUCUCUUUUCCCCAGAUCUCUAGUUAUAAGCUUUUUUAUUUUUUGUAGCAAUUUUUUUGUCUUCUUCUAAUCAUUUCAAAUUUCUCUAUUUUUACUCGUUCCUUCGUCGGGGAGUGCUGAAAUUUCUAAAUUCUUGCAGAAUUAAAGCAUUUCCCUCUCGUUGACAAAUUAUUAGAAUUAAUUGCACCUAGUUUUCACACUCCUCCCUUACGUCUUCUGAGGUUUCAAAUCUGGAGUUGCGCAUCAGCAAAAUCUUGUGAUUUUCUUGUACCCCUGUCUUCCUUUUCCGCUGGUUUUGCUUCCUAUGCUUAGCUUUAACCACCUUCUUUUUCAAUUUAUUUGCUCCGAGAAUUUUAAUUUUUGGUUAUUACUCUUAUUAUUUAGUAUUUAAAGUUUUUGACAGCAAAAAUUAACCGUUUCUAUUGUAACUUCUUCCUUGUCUGUCUCUUGAUGCUUUCUGUGGUGUGGUGGUCUGAAUAUAGUCAAUUGUUUUUUUUCUUAAAUUUCUGGUAAAUAAAGUAGUCGUGUCAAAA